AUGGGGCCAAGCACUACAACUCAUAAUGUGAGAAGGCGACGUGCUCUUGAAAAUGACAGAAAACGACGGGAUAUUUUAGGCAGUCAGGAGUGUAAGGAUCAGGAGUCUCAAAUUGGAAAGAUCAAAUCAGAUGCUAUUUUAUCUAGGUCAAAUAUUGAGCAUAUUCCUCCACUAGUGGAGUCGUCCAUGAUGACGAAAGGUGAUGCUGUCCUUCCCAUUGAUCAGGUUCUAGCAAACCAGGUGGAGCGAUCAGAACUUGGCCAAGCUUUGACCGUUUCUACUCCUCUCAAUACAGUUAAUAGCAUUAUCCUAAAACAACCUCUUAGCAACGAAAUUUGUGAGCCCGCGAGACUGAGGAAGAGAACUUCGAAUCAAACAAGAAACGCUCUUAGUAUCGAUAUCAACGUCGCUCCCUUACUUCCCUUCACACCUCAAGAGUCCAUCGAUUUGAGUGUUUGUAUGUACGAGAAAUCUGUCAAUCCUCCUGCCACUCUAAAGCUCACUCUGUUGCCAAAGGAUAUUGAUACGCUUCGUGUUAUACAGCAGAAGCAAGGGAGUUCAAGCAAACAUUUUUCCAAGCAUCAGGAUACUUUGAAGCCAAAGGUCAGAUGCAGAAGCAAAGGUCAAGUGUCGCAACUGUCAAAGGCGCAAGGUGUAAUCACAAAUACCACACAAAACACAGUACCGUUGUGCCUCCGUUUGAAUUUGGAUUCCACUUCACGAAAUCCUCAGCCUAUGAAAAACCUAAAAAGCUCUCAUCCCGCCGAAACUGGUGGAAAAUCCCUCUGUCCACGCACUUCCAAUUUGCAUUUCGACGGUGACAAGUUCGCGGAAAAUGACUUUGUGCUUUUACAACAACAAUCCAAUUCCAGUGCUGGAUGUGCCUCUAAUAAAUCACAGAAUUGUGAGUCUAGUGGCGGACAUAAUUCCAUAAACAGAACAUCCCAAAAUCGAAGAGUAGGCACCUGUAAAACACAUGGGGGUAGAGGCAACAAAUAUUGUGUGCAUGGACACUCUCUUCCACCUACACAUCAGGCAAGCACAUACCUUUCACAGAAUUCCAGGGGUGGUUCUCUCUCUGAUCUUAAAGCAGUUCAUGAUGCUCGUACUACUACCGUCAGAAUAGUUCCAACAAGCGGCGCAUUUUCGGGUGAGAAUUUGGUCGGAUGUACCCACAUGAAUAGAACUGACGUCGAUGUGAUUGAUGAGUGCAAAGUGGAUGGAGAAUCAAGUUCAGGGCCAUGUGGUGGUUCACAACAAUCAUACGUUAGUCAAGCUGGCUCCAACACUGAUGAUCUGUCCCUCCAAGUAUUCCUCGAUGCUGACUACGGGCCUGACACCAUUCCUGUUAUCAUAAGCAAAAAGUCCAAUAUUCGUAGCUCUUUAGCAUCGCACGAACGCAGACAGUGCAGAGGUAAAUCAGUGCCUUCAGAAACCCACAGAUCGGUGGGUUCAAAACAUCUUGAAAGGAGACUUUGCUCAGGGUUAAAUACGUCUGAAAAUUCGGUAAAAAAGACCGUCAAAGGACCACCCGUAAUUUCAGUCUACAAAGGUAAUUCUAACGGUGCUUCAUCCAAAUGUGUUCAAGGCAGUGAUUUUCAACUGACAAAUACGCGAACACAUUCGAGCUCCUGCAUGGUAGGUCAGUCUAAACGAUGGCUUUCUGAGCUCAUUGAUGAGGUAGCUCAAGAACUUGUUGAUAGUGUGGUGGAUACGGCUUUUAGAAAGAUUGAUGCUGAAACAUCACCCUCACGUUCCAUUCGUUUUGAGUCGACACCGGAUGCUGGCACAGAGCACAGAAAUUCAAAAACAAUGCGAUUCAUCCUAGAUCGUGGCACCCAUAAAAAACCAAUAAAAUUUAAUUUAACUCUCUGUUUAGUUGAUGAUGCAAAUCAGAAGCAUUGCUUCAGUCCAGUGUUUCCCAAAGAUUAUCAUAUUCUUCGAACAGGCACAUCUUACUUAGCACCCACUGAGGAAGGACGAGGAAUGCUCAAAUCUCUCAAGUCCUUUGCCUCAGAGACUACUGAAGACGUGGCUGAGGUGUUGGUGGAUGAUGCUCUUUAUUCUGCUGUCGAUUUCAUUUCAAUGGAUCCAUCAAGGCUUACAGAAAUGCGAAAUAUUGAAUUACAAGAAGCGCCAGUUGGUGCAAAAAUAAGGUCAUUGGUGGCAAGUAUAAAUGGAGAGGAGAAGCCGGUGUCGAUGGACAAAUCAGGAGCUUACAAUUUAAGCAUUGACAAGGAUAUGUUGAACGGUUUGAUGACACUGCAGUUGGGCUUCUCUGUUCUCUCUGACUCCGAGGAGAAGAAAUCAGACUCAAGCCAACAUACGCAAUCUCAUUUUGUUACACCAGAAUGCAGUGUCAAGAGUGAGCACUCAUUUGACAGUAGUUGUGGUUGUCAUACACUCAAAGACGGCAUUACCCGCUCCCAAACUGCGGAAAGACCAGGAAUACUAAUUCAACUUCGAGAAAAUCCAAUUACUCCAGCCAAGUCUUCACAAAAAGUGAAGGAGGCUUGUAAUACUGCCAAACCUCUUGUGCGAAAAGGAUGUGAUAUGACAGAGUUUUGUAAAAAUUUGUGUCAAGAACAAGCGCCCUGUGUCUUUCCAUACAAUGCAAUUGAGAAGGUCUCCACACAUUACUCCGAGUGCUGUAGUUUUAUCUCCUCAUUUGGCUUCGACGACAUAGCCAAGAAUGCCAACUUUUCAGGACAUCUGGAGAGAGGCUCGUCCGGCAAUGUAUCAGAAGGUCCAAAUUUAUCCUUCUCCAUGUCUGGUAUUAAUGAACAACCCCAAGAGGAGAGACGCACCACCGUGCUCCAAGACCAGCAUCCUUGCACUGUGACAAUGGCACCAUCGGUGUCGCGCCUCGAUGUGCCUAUAAAACCGCCUGAAGCAUAUGCCAGUAAUGACACUGUAGAAGCCAACACCUUCGAUCCACGUGAAUCAAUGGAGGCACCAACAACACGAUGUUUGGAGACAUUUUCAAAGGCGAAUGCGCCAUCAACAUGUAAAUACUCCCAAAUUUCCCCCCAAUGUGAAUCGACACGUGGGAGUAAAUUUGAUGAUAGUCGUGUCAGAACUACACCUGUUGGUGAAAUUCCAGCCGUGUCAAUGCCAAGUUGUCUUAAGUUUGUACAAACUGGUAUGACUCUACCAGUUAAUGAAGAGGUAGCCUCAUGCUACCAAAUGGAUGGUGAUGAGGUGUGCCUUUGUAAAAAUCGUGAAACAACUGAUGGGGGUAAUGCAUCAGCGAUGGAGAGGACACCCACUUCAAGCAACCCUCAUUCAGCACAAAUGUUGGAGAAAAAGUCAUCUGAAGAGACUUUUUCAAUUCGUUUAAACAUUCGUCUUCCAAAAGGAUGUGGUAAAGUAGUGAGUCAUGCCACAGCUGAUCCAAAACCGUUUGUCAAUUUAAGUGAACAAGGCCUGCCAAUCUCGUACGCCAAUGUCUCCAAUUCGGUCGCCUUGACGGAACCCCCAACAUCAGGCAUCGUUGACCAUAGGAGGUGGACACGAGCAGCAUCGUCUAUUGUCAUGCUUACAGCGUUAAAUCACUUUCUCAGCAGUAGGUUUUAA